CCCCACGGGGCACCCAAGCUCCACUUGGAGGCAGCGAGAAGCUACUGGCUGGUGGGAUUGUUGAGGCAGCUCAGCUCACCGAGCCGACAGCCACAGACUACCACACCGCACCGCACCGCCCCCCAGACAUCUUCGAGGUCCUCGUGGAGCUGCGGGAACUGGUGAUGGAUGAAAAGAACCAGGAGCUACAGUGGAUGGAGACAGCGCGCUGGGUGCGGCUAGAGGAGAACCUGGGGAAGGACGGGAUCUGGGGCCACCCACACCUGUCUUACCUCACCUUCUGGAGCCUCUUGGAGCUGCAGAAAGCCUUUGCCAAGGGUACUGUCCUCCUGGACCUGCCAGAGAAAUCCCUGGCCGGGGUGGCCAGCCAGCUGCUGGACAGGUUUAUCUUCGAGGGGCAGAUCCAGCCUCAGGACCGAGAAAAUCUGUUCCGGGUCCUGCUGCUCAAACACAGCCACGCCAGAGACGUGGAGGCCCUGGGGAGUGUGAAGCCUGCAGUCCUGACACGUUCUGGGGACCCGUCACAGCCUCUGCUCCCACAGCAUCCCUCGCUGGAGACAGAGCUCUUCUGUGAACAGGGAGAGGGGAGCGCGGAAGGGCAUUCGUCAUCUGCAAUGCUGGGAAAGAGUCCCCAGGACUGGGAGGCCACCCUGGUGCUAGUGGGCUGUGCCAGAUUCCUGGAGCGGCCAGUGCUGGGCUUUGUGCGACUAAAGGAGCCUAUGGAGACAGAGCAGAAGCCGGAGGAGCCGGAGGAGCCGGCAGUUCCCGUGCGCUUCCUCAUUGUGUUGCUGGGACCCGAGGCCCCCAACAUCGACUACACCCAGCUGGGCCGGGCUGCUGCCACCCUCAUGUCAGAGAGGGUGUUCCGCACUGAUGCAUACUUGGCCCAGAACAAGGAGAUGCUGGUCCAUUCCCUAGAGGGCUUCCUAGACUGCAGUCUGGUGUUGCCUCCCACGGACACGCCCUCUAAGGAUGCCCUGCUCAGUCUGGUGCCCGUGCAGAAAGAGCUGCUGAAAAGACGCUACCUGCCCAGCUCUGCCAAGCCAGAGCCCAGCUUCCUCAAGGGCCUAGAUUUGAAUGGGGGUCUAGAGGACACCCAGGAUGACCCUCUGCAGCGGACAGGCAGGCUCUUCGGGGGACUGGUACGUGACAUCCGGCGCCGCUACCCCCGCUACUUGAGUGACAUCACAGACGCAUUGGACCCCCAGGUCCUGUCUGCCAUCAUCUUCAUCUACUUUGCCGCCCUGUCACCCGCCAUCACCUUCGGUGGCCUCCUGGGAGAAAAGACCCAUAACCUGAUGGGUGUGUCGGAACUGCUUAUCUCCACCGCGGCGCAGGGCAUCCUCUUCUCCCUGCUGGGGGCUCAGCCCUUGCUCGUGGUGGGCUUCUCAGGACCCCUGCUCGUGUUUGAGGAAGCCUUCUUCUCGUUCUGCAAGAGUAACGGCCUGGAGUACAUCGUGGGCCGUGUAUGGAUUGGCUUCUGGCUCAUCCUGCUGGUGGUGCUGGUGGUGGCCUUUGAGGGCAGCUUCUUGGUCCGCUUCAUCUCCCGCUACACCCAGGAGAUCUUCUCCUUCCUCAUCUCCCUCAUCUUCAUCUAUGAGACCUUCUCAAAGCUGGUCACGAUCUUCCAGGACCACCCACUGCUGGAGAACUAUGACCACAAUGUGACAAGAAUACCCAAACCUCAGGCCCCCCUGCCCAACACAGCCCUCCUCUCUCUUGUGCUCAUGGCUGGCACCUUCUUGUUCGCCAUGAUGCUGCGCAAGUUCAAGAACAGCUCCUACUUCCCUGGCAAGCUGCGACGAGUCAUUGGGGACUUUGGGGUUCCCAUCUCUAUCCUGAUCAUGGUCAUGGUGGAUGCCCUCAUCCAGGACACCUACACCCAGAAACUCAGUGUACCUAAAGGCCUCACCGUAUCCAACACCUCGGCCCGAGGCUGGCUCAUCCACCCGCUGGGCUUAUAUAAGCCAUUUCCCAUCUGGAUGAUGUUUGCCUCCGCCCUGCCUGCCCUGCUGGUCUUCAUCCUCAUCUUCCUUGAGUCCCAGAUCACCACGCUGAUCAUCAGCAAACCGGAGCGCAAGGUGGUCAAGGGCUCUGGCUUCCACCUGGACCUGCUGCUGGUCAUGGGCAUGGGCGGGGUGGCCACCCUCUUUGGGAUGCCCUGGCUCAGUGCCACCACUGUGCGUUCUGUCACCCACGCCAAUGCCCUUACGGUCAUGAGCAAGGCCAGCACCCCAGGGGCUGCAGCCCAGAUUCAGGAAGUCAAGGAACAGCGGAUCAGCGGGCUCCUGGUCUCUGUGCUCGUGGGCCUGUCCAUCCUCAUGGGGCCCAUCCUGUCCCACAUCCCCUUGGCUGUGCUGUUUGGCAUCUUCCUCUACAUGGGGGUCACAUCCCUCAGUGGCAUCCAGCUUUUUGACCGCAUCUUGCUUCUGUUCAAGCCGCGCAAGUACCACCCGGAUGUGCCCUACGCCAAGCGGGUGAGAACCUGGCGAAUGCACUUGUUCACGGGCACUCAGAUCAUCUGCCUGGUGGUGCUGUGGGUGGUGAGGAGCAUCAAAACCAUCUCGCUGGCCCUGCCCUUCAUCCUCAUCCUCACGGUGCCCCUACGCCGCUUCCUGCUGCCACUCAUCUUCCAGAACCUGGAGCUCCAGUGUCUGGAUGCUGACAAUGGCAAGCCGAACUUCGAUGAGGAGAAUGGCCAGGAUGAAUACGAUGAGGUGGCCAUGCCUGUGUGAGGGGAGGGCCCAGGUCCCAGAGCCCCCUCCAUCAUUCCACUUCCCCACUCUCCCAGGAAAAGCAGAAGUUCAUGGGCACCCUACGGACUCCCAGGUCCCUC